AUGUCUCGACAGCAAGCAAUAAAUUGGAAACGUCACCGUAAAAUGGUUUCGCAACUGUGGAUUGUUUCAUCACUUUAUCUAGGAUUUUGGUUACCUUCAACAAUAACACUAUUGAUUGAAAUAACUAUAUUACCAUCAUUCAUGAUCGAUCAGCUAGAAAAACUAAUGAAUGUCAUUGGUGUUGUUACUUUUAGGCGUGAUGCAGGACAAAAAGAGACCAUGGCCCCUGCUCGAUGA